AUGGAUGCUAAGGACGUUGUUACGCAUGUCAAGAAUCUAGAGAAGAACAAAUCGGAUGAGCAAACAGUGCUGCGGAUCUUGCGGAUCCUGGACAAAGAGUUGGUCGCCACGGAGAAGCUGUUACGGGAAACCAAGGUGGGAGUGAUAGUGAACCAAUUCAAGAAGUCGAGCAACGAUGAGAUUGCCAAGCUGGUCAAGAAGAUGAUUGGGACGUGGAAGGACGCCAUCACGAAGGAGAAGAAGAAGAAAGCGGCGGUAGCGGCUGGAGGGUCUGGGAGCGGCGCAGGAACUGCCGGCGGCGGCGCGCACAGCAGCCAUAGCGGCAACAGCGGGCCGCACGAGCCCAAGAUACAGGAGAAGUACCACGCGAAGGGGCCGCGCAGCGCCAAAAACGAUGGCGUCAACACAACGAUCUACGGCGACAAGCUGCGGGACAUGGUGAUACGGGCGUUCUACGAUGCUCUGGCGAAGGAGAGCGAGCACCCGCCACAGUCGAUCCUCGCUAUUGCGAUUGAUAUAGAGAAACACAUGUGGCAGCUUAACGACCCGGGGGAGAACGAAAAGGCCUACAAGGACAAGUACCGUGUUAUAUACUCAAACGUGAUUUCCAAAAACAACCGAGAUUUGAAGCACAAGAUCACCAACGGCGACAUAACGCCCGAAUAUCUAGUUAACUGCGACCCGAAGGAGCUGGCGCCGGAGCAUUUGAGAAAGAAGUUGGAGGAGAUUGCGAAACAGAAUCUAUUUAACGCACAGGGUGCCACCCUCGAGAGGUCGGUGACCGAUAGGUUCCAGUGUGGCAAGUGUAAAGAGAAGAAGGUGUCAUACUACCAGCUGCAGACGAGAUCCGCGGAUGAACCUCUGACGACGUUCUGCACCUGUGAGGUAUGUGGGAAUAGAUGGAAGUUCUCUUAA